AUGAGCGACCGACUACUACCGGUGUUAUACAUUAACAUGGCUGGCGAAAUGAUGUACAUUCUUGAGCAACGACUGAGGGUAAUUCUUCCGGUGUUUUGAACUAUUUUGACAGAUAUAAACCUUCAAAUGAUAAAACUUAUUAUUCAUUUCUUUUUGAUUUAUAAUGAUAAAAAAACUAAAUUCAUUCACCUAGAGCGAAGCUUGAAGGUGAUUUAGUAUAAAAAUUAACCAAUUUUUCAUUAAAAACUACUGGAAAAUAAAAGCCGAAGUUCACUGUAGUCCGCUAUUCGUUUGAACUUCUGCAUCUGCAGAACAUAGACGACGAGAAAAGCGGUCGCGUGCUUAAAGAGAUCUUGCUGGCAGUGCUCAACAAGACCAACCUCGAGGAAAUCUUCAAGGCUCGCGGACUCCCGAGCAAGAGAAGCCUGAAGAUGCUCUAUGAACGGCUGGCCCACUCCAGCAUUAUGCGGCUUAACGAGAACAGGUGCUCAUUAUCAGGUCGCUCGAACUCCCCUGUAGUUAGCGGUGGGCGGGUAAGUCUCCGCCUUCUCUAGCCAGGAGCUCACAUCAGAUGACCACUGUCAUUGGCCGGUGCUUGCAGCAUGGACAAACUGUUCGAUCUCAUGACAAUGACUACCAAGUUUGAACUGCAGCAGAUCGUCAUGGCAGAGCAGGUCAGUUAGUUUUCUUGACAUUCGACACCAGGAAAAAAGAAUUCCAUUAUAUUCAUAAAUUUCAGACGGUAAUUAAGGAAAAAAAAAGGCACCGAACAUUUUUUUUGUCAUAGCCAUAAAUAAAAAAAUUAUAAUAAUUUUUCUAAGAACAGUCAAAAACUGAUAGUCCCACUUAUCAGCGGGAAAGCAAUUCCUUUUUUGAACUAAAUAAAUAAGUUUUUAAAAACUUGUGUAAGAUGUAACCCAGUCAGAAAAAAACCAGUGAAAGCUCCCUCUGGAGACUUGAAAAACUUUGAUUGAGACUUUUGAAUUUUUCAGGUCAUGACAGUGACCGUGAACCAUCUCCAGGGAAUCAUGGAUACUUGUCCGAAUGACGAAGAAGUGAAGCAACUUGUCGAGCACGCCUAUACCAUGGUAUGUGAUUUCGAGAAUACAUAAUCCUCGUUCCCCCUGAGGUGUCGGGUUGGCAAUGAGCCAGCUAAUUGUUGAGACUGGCAACAUUAGCUUGUGCACUGCCAGCUCGUCUUCCUCUGCUUUUAUCCUCCCAAGCUUCAGUCGGCUUUGAACGGCCUUUGAACUCAAAAAUAUUGACUGCCGUGAAGGCAUUUUUGCAGAUUUUUUCGCUCUAUCGCAACCUUUCUCCAUUCUCCUGGCACAUGAUUAGGUGCGGUCUUCUCUCUUACUUCCAGGUGGAGCUGUGAAAGAAACAGUAAUAGUUACUUCCUUCUUAGGAUGCUCACGUCAAGAUCUCGAUGUUGCUUCGCGAAAAUCGUCAAAUGAGCAGCGGUCACUUCUACCUGUUUCCCGACUCUGAACCCAUUGUACUUCCGAAGGACGGAGAGCCGGUCGGCGCAACCAAAGUAUAACCAAUAUUUCUUUUUUAAUCUUAGAUACAACAUCUAUUGAAAGAAAUUCGGCGAUUCGGAAAUCGUCAUUCUUAAGCAUUCUAUAAUUAGUCAAUAAAAACAACUGUGCACUUCAGUACUACGAAAACGGCACAGUCAACACAACGAAUGAGAUUCCGACAGAGUACACGUACAUGUUAUUCGAGCCAAAAGUAAGUGAGUCGGUGAGAAUUCUCAUCCUGGAGGUUGGCAGCCCGACGGAUUGAACGUGGAACAGCGUUCGACAACACUUGGUGCCAACAUGUACAAAGACGCCAGUUCGCUCAAAGUAAGUUAUCAAAUUGCUACAUACCCUACAAAUCUUGGAAUGGAAGCGAGAAAAAAAGGGAUGAUUGGCGAGAUCUCGAAUAUUCAUAAUAAAUUGAUAUUUCAGUCUUUGGGCUUUUUUUCAUCUUCGUCAAAUCAGAAGGACGGAUUGCAAAAACACAAAAUGAAACGAGUUCUUCGAAUAUUCUGUUGUUCUUUUCUAGAUUUGGCUAUUUAAAUCAAUUUACUGACUGAUCUGGUAGCCGAGAAUAGUUAAUAUUUUGCAUGCUAAAAACUAUUCCAGAAUUAGAUUUCCGAAAGAUAACCAAAUCUCAUCUCGGAAAGUAAUUUGAAUUGUUUGAAAACCUCGCAAAGUCCCCUUUGUAAUGAAAAUAAUUAUUGAGGAAAUCUUGUUGCCAUGGAAUAUUUUCCGAAGAGCUGAGAAAGCUGAUAAGGUCGGUUGCCAAGGGCAACAGUUCACUACAACUAAACAACUGACAUUAUUUUCGGAAAAGAUGUCGGUUCAGUAAGGAAGAAGUUUAUGACAAAGUGUUGAGGAAGAAAAUGUAAAGCAAACAAACAGGAGCUCCGGUUGAUACUGAAGAACCGUGUCUAUCUCCCGCCUUGCCGCAAAUUAAAUCAAGACGACUGCCUAAUCGCUCUAUGAACCUUGUCAGACGUCAUGCGAGUCCCGCAUUUGUUCUCUUUUCUUCAGCUUUGGAUACCUUAGGAUUACGAAAAUGGGUUUUAUCAAGCUUUUUGAUCCGAACAACCUCAAUACAUUUGUGAGACUUUAUCAUCCCACGGACAACGCGAAAGCUGGUUCUCUGUGGAAACUUUUGCUUAUAUAAAAACCUUUUUAUCUUCCGAGAACUUUUUUUCAAUGCGGUUUCUAACAUUGAAAAAUUGUUUUUUUAAAGUUACCUAACGUCAGCUCGAAUGAUUUCAAUAACAAGAAAUCUUUAAAAAAAACGCUUUCUAAAACUAUCUUGCUAAGAGCCAAAGUUUUUCAGUUAUUUACAAAGGGAAUUCAGUUGUUUUUGUGUCUCACGACGCCCUUCGAAAGUUUUGCGUGCGCGCCUAAUUCUUAUUUUCGUUGGAAGAAAAUGAAGCAAAAGCUAAAAACCAAAUUAUUUCCAUUUUUUUGCACAAUUUCUCUCAAAAUCAUCUAUCCGUACGUCUUUGUAAUCUUUCCGUCUCAGAUUCAGGGAGCAGGCGGCACCGCCAAAAGCGAGGAAGAACGCGAAGGAAACGAAUUAAAGCUCCUCGAGUCCAUGUUCGGCGACCUGGCUCCCAGUGCCUCGAGCGGCAAUCGAGCCAAAAAACGUUAUUUUUUUCAUGAUUAUUCUGAGAUCAUACAUCUAGAGACUACACCUAAUUAAAUUAUAAUUUAUAGACGCGUUUUGUUUUCCUAUCGCGGAAAUUAGAAUAUUAUUGCGCCAGAGUUUAAUAAACGCUUAACAAGAAUCGCUGUUGUUUUGCACACUUCUUGUUUUUCUUCUCUUUCAGGCAAUCUUCUCUGAUUGAUUGUUCUAAAAGGUGAUUUAGAUUCCGGAGAACUCGAUCUAAGCAUGUUCGACGACGCUGGAGAAGAAAUGAGCUACGUGAAAGAGACGGAAGCCGUUCUCGGGAAUGUUCUCACAAUCGACGCAACACGCAACAAGACCAUCGACACUGCGAUGCAAGAGGUUUGACUUUUGAUAGAAAUCAAAAAACAUUCAUUUUUUUCAGAUGAAGCUGGAACGGGCGCCGUCUGCGAAGAAAAAAACGAAGUCUAAGGGAGCAGAUAUGCUGGACAUGCUGGAUGAAGCAGCUGCGCGACCGCCUACCGCAAAGCCAAAAAGUCUUUGACGUGCUUCUUCGCAGAAAAAAAAAAGAUAUUUACAGAAGCUACGGCGCCAUCUGGGACAAGAUCCCGAGCGACCAGCGAAAGCCGCGCAAGGUCUGCCAGCAAGCCGAACACUGCGGAAAGAGCUCCGAGUGCUGGGAACCGACGCAAAAGCUCCGGCGUCAAAAAAGAAUAA